AUGUUCGCGACCGGUACCCUUGCUAGUGACAUCAUCGCCAAUUAUAUGUACGUUGAUGACGUCCUAGCAGGAGCUCACACUAAGCAGGCUGCGGUGUCUGCUAUAGAUGAGCUUCGAACAGCGCUCGAGAGUGCUGGGUUCCCUUUGCGUAAGUGGACCUCGAACUCGAAAGAUGUGCUGAGAAGAAUCCCUAAGGAUCACUUGCUUUGUGCAGACUUCCUCGAGAUCGACGAAGCUAGCGUCGCAAAGACGCUAGGCAUUCGUUGGCGGGCCACGUCCGACGAGUUCUUUUUCGUCACCGCCGAGAUGGUGUCCAAACCAUCUUUCAGUAAGAGAGAAGUGCUGUCGCAGAUCGCCAAGUUGUUCGAUCCUGCAGGUUGGCUUGCUCCUGUGGUCAUUUGGGCCAAGAUUUUUAUGCAAGAAAUCUGGAAGCAAGAAGUCGGCUGGGACGACUCCUUACCGGCGGAUCUCACAGAGCAGUGGAUCAGUUUUCUGCGGAACUAUUCGUCCUUGCAGGACAUCCGCAUUCCUAGAUGGACCAACUACGCUCCCGGCGCAAAAUCCAAUUCCACGGGUUUUGCGACGCCUCUCAAAGCGCGUAUGGAGCCGCUCUUUACGCACGUGUGGAAACAGGUGGACAAGUGUCUAAUUAUCCGCCGCCCUCCUACCACAUUUUCCCACCCCGACGCUGAGACGUACCUGUGGACAGAUUCCACUAUCGUUCUGGCAUGGUUGGACAAGCAGCCAUGCAAGUGGACCACUUUCGUGGCGAACCGAGUGGCCAAGAUUCACUCGGUGAAUGGCACUUGGCAGCAUGUUCGUUCCGAACACAAUCCAGCCGACCUGGCAAGCCGCGGUGUCUCGCCGCAAGAGCUACUGGGCAGUCGCCUUUGGUGGCAGGGGCCUGAAUGGCUGACGCACUCACCAGCGCAGUGGCCUUCACCGGUCAUUGGGCUCGAUACUGAAUUGGAGUGUCGAGCGGUGAAGGUCCAUGCAGCGCAAGUCCUGUGUGAGGACUUCCUCGACCGUUUCUCCAGGUUCGAUCGAGCGCUCCGAGUGUUUGCGUAUGUGCGAAGGUUUGCCCAGCGUUGCCGCCAACCCAAGGUCUCGCUUCCAGAGACGCUCAGCUCUCAAGAGCUUGCAGAAGCUCAAGAGAGGCUGAUUGUACAGGCUCAGAAUCGGGUAUACGCGAAAGAGUGUGCUUCCCUCCGGUCCCAUAAUCGUCUAAUCGGGUCAAGCGAUAUCCUAAGCUUGAAUCCGUUCCUUGACAAGCAAGGUGUCCUGCGUUCGUGUGGACGCUCUCUCCAUGGAGGCAACCAAUUGGUGAUGCGGCUGGUCCGAACCAAGUUCUGGAUUCCCAAGCUAAGGAACUUGGUGAAGACAGUGAUUAGUGCAUGCAAGACCUGUGUGAUUCAUCGCCGCAAGCUCCAGUCGCAGUUGAUGGGUGAUCUCCCAAGCGCCCGGUCGACUUUUUCGCGACCUUUCGCUAACUCCGGAGUAGACUUCGCCGGUCCUUCGACGUCAAGAGCUACCACGAAGGCAAUCCACCUUGAGGCGACCACGGAUCUGACAGCGGAAAAGUUCUUGGAAGCUUUCUCCCGAUUCGUGGCACGGCGCGGGUGCCCUCUCCACAUGUACUCUGACAACGGGAAAACGUUCGUCGGAGCCUCCUCCAUUCUCUCCAAAGAAUUUGUGGAGAGCACCCGCAACCUGAUUGUCACCACUCACAGCCAUCAAGGUCUUGCAUGGCAUUUCAACCCACCUGGUGCCCCUCACAUGGGGGGUCUCUGGGAAGCGGGCGUCAAGAGCUUCAAGACGCAUUUCUACAAGACGGUUUCCUCCGUAAAACAUACGUUCGAGGAGCUUUCCACCCUCCUAUCAAAAAUUGAAGCGUGCCUCAAUUCGCGGCCUUUGACUCCUAUGUCAGAGGAUGUGAGCGACUUGGCGGCACUUACUCCCGGUCAUUUCCUGAUCGGGGGUCCGCUACUCUCCAUGGCGGAGCCAGAGGCCAGAGAGGAUGUGGAGUCCAUCCGCAACCGCUGGCAACGGCUCAAGGCUCUCCAUCAGCAUUUCUGUGUGCGAUGGAAGAGUGAAUAUUUGAAGGAAUUGCAUAAGCGGAAUAAGUGGCAGUCACCUUCACGCGAUCUCCAAAUCGGCGACAUGGUGGUCAUCAGAGAGGAGAAUAUACCACCUCAAGAAUGGCGCCUCGGGCGUGUGUUGACCGCUUGCCCAGGUGCUGACGAAAGAGUCCGUGUGGUAGACAUCCAGACGUGUCGUGGCGUUUUCCGCCGACCAGUUGCAAAGCUGGUCCUCCUUCCCACGGGACGCGCGCUCUGA